AACAACAAGAAAUCGAGUGAAUGGAAGCUUAUUGAUACACAUCGAACUGGUGGAGAAGCAUCACACCCGAGCCCGACGACCCAGCGAUGUCGCUCUUUCGAAAGCCAAAAAAACCUAUUCAGCGUCGCGUUUUCAGUGGUUACGAGGAUGAGGAUGAAGAAAACAACUCGGCGAGCCGCAGCGAGGCCCCAAAUGGGAAUGCCAGUGCGGCCCGCAGCGGUGCGAUGGAAUGCGAAGAAGGUCCUGCGGUCCCGUUGACGCCACCAACCGCAGGAGGAGUGCCCGCGGAGCGCAAACGAAAAGAGCACCGCACGGAACGGAGUGGUGACCUUAAGCAGGCACCCGCGAAGGGGGGUUCCGCAUCCUCGAAGUCGAACCUACCGGCCACCGGCACCACCACGAAACACUCUUUACUUAGUUUCGACGACGAAGAGGAAGGCGAGGUGUUCCAAGUCAAGAAGUCGUCCCAUAGCAAGAAGGUGAUGAAAUCGUUGGACAAGGAAAGGCGCAGAAAGCGGCAUCUCGAACGGAGCACGAACGGAACAGUACUGUCGUCGUCGUCGUCAUCAGCAGCAGCGGCGCCCGCCAGUGCGUUGGAGGGUCCCGGGAACACCUUGCGGUCCCGUUUUCCUUCCUCUUCUCCUCCCUCCGCCUUGUCGUACGACAAUGGCAGUAAUGAUAAGAUAAAAAGAGAAAAGUGUGACAAUUCUAGCUCUAAUAUCCAAACAGAAAUACGCACAGACGACUUUGUGCUGGUGGUUAAGAAAUCGGAUCCCGAGAAUAUGAUUCUGAACGGACGGGCGGCACUGUGUGCCGGCCGUGACGAUAUGUCUUCCGAGGACGAAACGUACGGCGGCGUGGUGGACGAUAACACGAAAGCCGGCGAUCGUCAGCAGCACCACCAUCGGUUCGCUAAGCCACAGGACAAUUUCAAAAUGUGUCUCGAAAACGGAGUCAUACCGGACGCGGCCAUGAUUCAUGCAGCGCGCAAGCGCCGGCAGAAGGCACGCGAGCAAGGUGAAUUCAUACCGGUGGAGGAACCGAAGGAGGACAAGAGCAAGAAGCGCACCGUGCAGGAAGACGGCGAAGGCGAUGGGUCGGACGAGGAUGACGAUCGUAUCGAUAUGUCGGCCAUAACCGGUGCCAAAGAGCGCGAGGAACGGCGCGAGCAGUUCUAUGCGGUGCAGCGUGAAGACUCCGACGCGGAAGAUUCCGAUAUCGAAACGAAAGAGUGGGAAAAUCAACAGAUUCGCAAAGGUGUCACCGGUGCGCAGCUCGUGUCCGCCCAACAGGAGUCGGUCAUCUCGCAGUACUUGAUGCAAAGCAGCAACAGCGGCAGUAGCGGCCACUUUAGCCAAACCUUUCAAAAUAAAUCAUCGCGCGGUGCUGAUAGCGACGGAGACAUAUCGGCCGGACUUCGGGCCCUCUCGACGGCUGAACUGCUGGAACAAGCUUACGCUACCACUAAGGCGGGCUUGGCUAAACGGUUGGGUGAUGGUAAAAGAGUCAAAACCAGCACCAGUAGACCAGUGGUGGCCAGUGGUGCUGGUAUCGCUCCGAAAAGUGCCGAUUCGAAACCGACCGGCCCGCGGAUGCCAAAACAAAUUUUGGCCCAGCUAACCGAACGCUACCGCACGACGGUGGAACUGAACCGGAAGCACGAGGACGAUAUAGAGCACAUCACGCAAGAGAUCAAGCUACUGCAGAUGGAUCACCGGGCGUGCGAACAGAAAGCACCGGCGGCGGCUGCCAAGUACCGGUUCUACCAGGAGUUUCGCUGCUAUGUAGCCGAUCUGGUAGAGUGUCUUAACGAAAAAGUACCCCUGGUAACGGCACUUGAGCAGCGCGCCCUGCAGCUGAUGGGAAAGUAUUCGGUGAUGCUAAUCGAACGUCGCCGGCAGGAUGUGCGCGAUCAGGCGAAGGAAAUGGCCGAUGCUAGUAAAAAUGCGAAGCGAACGGCGGAUGACCCGGAACGCAUUCGAAGGGCCGCCGAACGGGAAGGCCGCCGAACGCGUCGGAGGCGCGACCGCGAGAAGAACGAAACGUCCGACAGCCACUACGACGGGAUGUCGAGUGACGACGAAAUUCCGGACAUGGAAGCGGCCCGCUACCGGUCCGCCCUGCAGUCGGUGGAGCUCGAGGCCCGCGAAGUUUUCGCCGACGCGUCCGAAGAGUACGGCGAAAUCGGGGGCAUUUUGGGAAAGUUCGAAGACUGGCGCGAGCACGAUAUGGCAGCGUAUCGCGAUGCGUACGUCAGUUUGUGCCUGCCGAAGAUAGUCGGUCCCCUGAUUCGCCUGCAGCACAUCACCUGGAACCCGCUGGUGGUGGCCAGCGCCGCCGGGUCCGGUGCUAGUGGUGUCGAGUUCGAUCACGAAGAGUGGUACCGCACGGUGGCUCUUUUCGGGCACGUGGCCGACACGGAGGCCGAGCUGGCAGACGACCCCGACGUGCGGUUGCUGCCUGUGAUUGUGGAGAAAAUUUUCCUAUCCAAACUGGCGGCCCUGGUCGAGCAGUACUGGGAUCCACUGUCGACGACACAAACGCUGCGGUUAGUGCGCCUGCUGAAGCGGCUCGUGCGCGACUAUCCCUCCUUACGCAUCACCUGCAAACCGCUACGGGCCCUCUUCCAAACCAUUUUCGACAAACUCAAACAGUCCGUCGACAAUGACGUUUUCAUACCGAUCUUCCCCAAGCAAGCCCAAGAAGCCAAAUCGUCCUUCUUCCAACGGCAGUUCUGCAGCGGGCUGAAGCUGUUUCGCAACAUCACCAGCUGGCAGGGUAUACUGGCGGAUACGGCCCUGAAGGAUCUCGCGAUCGGUUCUCUGCUGAACCGGUACCUACUGAACGGGAUGCGCGUCUGCACGGCACCGGACGCCAUCGGGAAAGCGUCCACGAUCGUGUACACACUGCCGCGCGUGUGGCUCAGCACGGGCUCAUCGGUGGUGCAAAGUAUGGACCAGUUCGUUAGCAUGCUACGGCACCUGGAGUCGCAGCUCGAACCUAACGCUGCCAUCAAUGGGGAGCUCAUCGAGCGAAUCCACAAAAUAUUGAGCAGUUUGCACGUGGUUUCAGCGUAAAAGGAGGGCCAGAACUUUCCGAUGGCCGGAUGAGCUAUUGCGAUCCAGCAAACCGUAUCAAGCGCGCUGCGUCGAUGUAGAUGUUUCUAUUUGAACCAUUUGUAUGCCAAUCUAAUAAUACA